CGUCACUUCCGUUUGUCGGCCGCGACUGCCGUGUUCCUAGAGUACCGCGGCUGACGGGCUGAAGGAGCUAAGAGACUAGAGGAGGGGUGGGCGGGGGGUGGGCGAAAGGGGGAGGAAAUCCCAACUCAGAGACACCGGUCUGGACAUUUCCACCUCCUCCGACACUGUCGGGUUGGAUCGGAGAAGGGUCACCGCCUCCUUCAGCAGGAAGAGGGGGGCGGAGCCCAGCUCAGGAUCAUGGAUUUUCCUGGUCACUUUGAACAGAUCUUCCAGCAACUGAACUAUCAGAGACUUCAUGGUCAGCUCUGUGAUUGUGUCAUUGUAGUGGGGAAUAGACACUUUAAAGCCCACCGCUCCGUGCUGGCAGCCUGCAGCACACAUUUCCGAGCCCUGUUUUCAGUGGCAGAGGGAGAUCAGACCAUGAACAUGAUCCAGCUGGAUAGUGAGGUGGUGACAGCAGAGGCCUUUGCUGCACUGAUUGACAUGAUGUAUACCUCCACCCUUAUGCUGGGAGAAAGCAAUGUUAUGGAUGUCUUAUUGGCAGCCUCUCACCUGCAUCUGAACUCUGUGGUUAAGGCAUGUAAACAUUACCUAACGACAAGGACGCUGCCCAUGUCACCCCCCAGUGAGCGCGUGCAGGAGCAGAGCGCCCGCAUGCAGCGCUCCUUCAUGCUGCAGCAGCUGGGGCUGAGCAUCGUGAGCUCAGCCCUCAGUUCCAGCCAGGGUGGUGAGGAACAGCCGGCCCCCAUGAGCUCGUCCAUGCGCAGUAACCUGGACCAGCGGACGGCCUUCCCCAUGAGACGCCUUCAUAAGCGCAAGCAGUCCGCAGAGGAGCGGGCCAGACAGCGCCUCCGACCCUCCAUGGAUGAAUCUGCCAUUUCAGAUGUUACACCAGAGAAUGGGCCUUCAGGGGUUCAUUCUCGGGAGGAGUUCUUUUCACCAGAUUCUCUAAAAAUUGUGGAUAACCCUAAAGCUGAUGGAAUGACCGACAACCAGGAAGACAGUGCUAUCAUGUUUGACCAGUCUUUUGGCGCUCAAGAAGAUGCCCAGGUGCCCAGCCAGUCUGACAACAGUGCUGGCAACAUGCCACAAUUAUCUAUGGCCUCACGUGCAACUCAGGUUGAAACUAGUUUUGAUCAGGAAACUGCAACUGAGAAAAGUAGUUUUCAGUGUGAAAAUCCUGAGGUUGGCCUUGGGGAGAAGGAACACAUGAGAGUGGUGGUUAAAUCUGAGCCCCUGAGCUCACCAGAACCUCAGGAUGAAGUGAGUGAUGUGACCUCCCAGGCAGAAGGCAGCGAGUCUGUGGAAGUGGAAGGAGUUGUGGUCAGUGCUGAGAAGAUAGACCUCAGCCCUGAAAGCAGUGAUCGGAGUUUUUCAGAUCCCCAGUCUACCACGGACAGAGUAGGUGACAUCCAUAUUUUAGAAGUCACAAAUAACUUAGAGCAUAAGUCAACUUUUAGUAUUUCAAAUUUUCUUAAUAAGAGUAGAGGAAGUAACUUUAGUGCAAAUCAGAACAAUGACGAUAAUAUCCCAAACACCACUAGUGACUGCAGGCUAGAGGGUGAGGCACCUUAUUUGUUGAGUCCAGAGUCUGGGCCUGCAGGCGGGCCCUCUUCUGCCCCUGGCUCCCACGUGGAGAACCCAUUUAGUGAACCUGCGGACUCCCACUUUGUUAGGCCUAUGCAGGAGGUGAUGGGCUUGCCAUGUGUGCAGACAUCUGGCUACCAAGGAGAACAGUUUGGGAUGGAUUUUUCCAGGUCUGGCUUGGGCCUCCACUCCUCCUUCUCCAGGGUUAUGAUAGGCUCCCCAAGGGGAGGAGCCAGUAACUUUCCAUACUACCGCCGCAUAGCUCCAAAAAUGCCAGUUGUAACUUCCGUCAGGAGCUCACAGAUCCCAGAAAAUUCUGCCAGUUCCCAGCUCAUGAUGAAUGGGGCUACCUCCUCAUUUGAUAAUGGCCAUCCUUCCCAGCCUGGCCCUCCACAGUUGACCAGGGCAUCUGCUGAUGUCCUAUCAAAGUGCAAGAAGGCCUUAUCAGAGCACAACGUUUUGGUUGUAGAGGGAGCUCGCAAGUAUGCCUGCAAAAUCUGCUGCAAAACUUUCCUGACUUUGACAGAUUGCAAGAAGCAUAUCCGCGUUCACACAGGUGAAAAGCCCUAUGCCUGCCUGAAGUGCGGCAAGAGGUUCAGCCAGUCUAGUCACCUGUAUAAACACUCGAAGACCACCUGCCUGCGCUGGCAGAGCAGCAACCUCCCCAGCACUCUGCUCUAGCUAUGUGUCCUCGCGACACAGUGGUGAGGACAGCUGUGGGGCUGAAACUGAAAUCUCUCUCGGUAAGCAAGGAGUGCCACUGGGUUUGAAGCUUCAGGCCACCCAGUGGCUCUUGCAAAUUUCAGUAACUAAUAAGUGGAGGACGAAUAAAGGCAGCGUUAGUGCUGCUGCGCUCCUGAGUGGAGGGCAUGCCUUGGGAGAGGGAUGCAAUCCCUGAAACCCAGUUCUUCCUUAGGGUUGAGUACUACAGUCAUAAAGUAGUUUCUAAUUGAUGUUGUUAAAAGUGGCACAUUU